UUUUCCAAAUAAGUUCACAAGCAAGGUGGUCUCCCUGAGAAGCAGCUCGGUUUGCUUGUACUGACAGCAGAGCUCCUUUCUUCUGGUAAAGAAAAAACUGCCAUGGGAAAUGUUGGAUUUGGGGUAAUCCUUGCGAUCCUGGCCUCCCUCAUCCUAGUGAUGAAUGCUCUGGUGGCUGUCGCACUGGUACGGCUGAUCUCGAAAGGGGGCUGCCUUGGGCUGUGCUUUGUUUUAAAUCUGGCUGUUGCUGACUUCUUGGUUGGAUUUACCAUCACGAGUCUGAUCACAGAGGAGCUGUCCGGCCCUGAGUACCAGACGCCCCGAAAGCACUGCCUCCUGAGAAUGGCCUGCAUCACCUGCCCCUCAGCUGCCUCCAUCUUCACUGUUAUUCUGGUCACCUUUGACAGGUACUUGGCUGUUAAGCACCCUUUCCAAUACUUUAAAAUCAUGCGGAGCCCAGUUGUUGGGGCUUGCAUCGCAGGGCUCUGGCUCUUAGCCUGCUUGGUUGGCUUCCUCCCUGUGAUGGCUCACAGCUUCCAGGAGCACAGCUACAAAGGGCUCUGCACCUUCUUCAGAGUCUUCCAGCCCACCUACAUGCUCACUUUCUUCUGCGUGGCUUUCUUCCCAGCUUUCUUUGUUUUCAUCUACUUCCACUGCCACCUGCUGAAGAUCGCCUCCCUCCACGCCCAGCAGAUUCGAGAACGGGAACACAUUGGACUGGAGGCAGCUGUCCGAGUCCCUCAGCCCUCCAGCGACACAAAGGCUUUGCGCACCAUCACCAUCCUGGUGGGGUGUUUCGUGCUCUCCUGGUCACCCUUCUUUGUCGGGAGCAUCGUGCAGGUUGCAUGUCAGCACUGUUACCUGCAGCGCCUCCUAGAGAAGUAUCUCUGGGUGAUGGGCUUGUGUAACUCUUUGGCCAACCCCUUAGUCUAUGCCUAUUGGCAGAAGGAAGUGCGCCUUCAAAUCUAUCAAAUGUGUUUGUGUGUGCGCAGCAGGAUCUUCCCCUUGUUCCAUGCUGACAACCGUCUUCCUAAUCCCAGCAGGGUUGUGGCUGCAGUGCAUGCCAUUUCUCUAGCUCAGCUUGAGGAGUGA